GACAAAACUCACCUGAAAUCGAAACAUCUAUCUAUAGCCUUUCGGGAAAAGAAGUGCAUCAGGAGCGUGGCGGCGCGCAAAUGACGCAGCAGCGGAGACGUCCACUUGAACGUGCGUCGCGCAUCGACGUGAACGAGCACGCAUUUGGCCCGCGCACAGACGUGGGCGGCGCCGUUGAUUGUUUUCGUCCUCGUCUCUUUCUUUCACUUGUGUAAAUGAGGAAGAACAGUGAGGGUGAGACAGAAAACACCGCACAGGAAUUAUAACUUUACAUUUAAUCGGAUUGUCAUUAUUCUAUUUUAGUAUAAUAACGCUAAUCGCAACGUUUUUACGUGAAUAAAUGAGGUCCUGAAUGAGGGGAAGUUCAGGACUUCGUAAGGCGCCCCCAGCCGACCCCCUUCACUGAGAACCAGCUUGAGGAACAAGGCUCGCUCUCAGAGACAACAUGACUGUCGACCAGUAAACACCACUGGAUGCCCACUAUGGUUCAGUGGCAGCUCUGCACGCUAGAUCAGCUGAGGGAUUCAGACUUUGGUCGUCCUUUUCCACGUCAUGGCCUUCAGCUCCUGUUUUGGUUUGCCAACUGCUGUGUGACCUUUGAACUUUUCAACCGUGUGCUCAUAUUGAAGCUGGUGCCACACUGUGAACCAGACAAAGGUUACUGUGGCUUCCACUCGUAUGGCAACAUUGAGAAACUCCUGCCUGUGCUGAGGAGGCACAAGGACAGAACUAAGGUUGAGUACUUUGUAGUUGGAAACCUGAACACAGGAACCCACCCGGGGGCUGCAAACCUCCCUAAUUAUGUGAAAGAGAAUUAUGGCUGGAAUGGCAACCGUGGUAUUUACAACAUUGACCGCAUCAUCAUCAGUUACCAGACGAGAACCAGGGUGGUGGAGACAGUGUACGUCACCCAGCAUGAUGGAGCCGCCUCUUGGAGUUUCAGUGCCGACAGGACGUAUGAAAUCAACUGUGAACUGAUCCAAGCCCUGCAGAGCCCACAGCUCGAUCUCACCACCUUUCUCACACUGAUGGGCUACUAUGUAAUGCACUACCCACAACCUUCAACACAGCCACUGUUCAACCAAGUGCAGAGCUACAGUGGCUCCACGGGAGGAACAGAGGAAGACUACUUCCAGUUCAGCCGCCAGUUAAAUAUCAACAGCUACAGCUACAAUGACGAGAGAGUGGUCAAAGCCAACAAGAAACGACGAGCUUUGAGGCAAAUUUACUGGCAGUCCGGGUGGGAUCAGCCUUAUCAAGGUUUUAAUGAAGAAGACAAGAAAGGUUAUGGUGGUGGUGGUGGAGGAAGAGGAGGAGGAGGUGUCAGCUUCCUCAAGAUUCUCCUCGGUGCUGGAGCGCUCUACUUAGCAGCCAAAUGUUUCAGCUGCCUCUGGAGCUGCUGGAAGGAAGAGUUAGUGAAGGUGAUUCAAUGCAGGACUCCUGCUUGUAAACAGCCACAUCAUGCCAUGCUGGAUUAUGUGUACUAGAAUGUUUCAACAUUCUCUUCUACUGUAGACGACUGAGGCGGGGCAGCCCUUGGCCUACUUGGAAAGGCAGCUGGGCUCGUAACCAGAGGGUCGCUGGUUAAAAUCUGAGGAACUCAUGAAUUUCAGAUUGAGCAGGAUUUGGCAUUUUCAUGACCUGCAAAUGAAACUCAACAGUUGUUCCCGUGAUCCUGCCUAAAGUGCUGUGAACGCUCCAGUGUGUAAACAUUUGUGACAUCUAAUGAGAAGAAUAUAAACUCAGGACGCCUUUGAGAUGGACUGGCUCAGGUCAGAUAGUCGAGCCCAGAGUGCAAACCAAAUAUGUUGGGCAUUUAGCUGUUAUGCUGCACACAACAAGCAACAGAACUGAAAUCAGAACCAAAUGAAACUAUUUUUAAAUCCAGUUUAAAAACUUCUCCUAAAGCACUUUAAAUUUUAAUCUUUCACUGCACAUAGAACUUUACUUUACUUGAGCUUUUUGUUGGUUGGUUUUUCUCUCUUUGCAUUUUUUGGUACUCUGAUUUAGGGUAUUAUAAUUGGGGUUAAUGUCUCCAACAUUUAACUGUUGUUUUUAUGUAAAGCACACUUAAAUGCUUUUGUGUAUGAAAUGUGCUUUACAAAUAAAGCUGCCUUGCCUCGGGACCCGUCCACACGGAAACAGGUUUAGGUGAAUACACAUGCUUGUGUUGACGGAGGCGUUUUAGGGACCGGAAGCGAUAUUUUUUUAAAUGCCUUCCAGAGUGAGAAAAUGUCAAAACUCCAGCCUCGCCUUUCCGUGCAGACAGCGAAUGAUGUUCCAACAAGUCUGUUAAAAACCUGGAGUUCAUUCAAAAUGCUGCAGCAUGAGUUCUGACAGGAACAAGAAAGAGAGACCAUAUCACUCCAGUGUUAGCUUCUCUACACUGUAUUUUUUUACAACGUAAAUUACCUCACUGCGGGACAAAUAAAGGAUCAUUUGAUCUUAUCUUAUCUUACUGGCUCCCCACACAAUUUAGAAUUCAAUUUAAAAUCCUGAUCAGGCCCCUUCACACCUGAAAUAACAUAUCCCUAAUAUAUCACUUUGGUCCCAAAAUACAGGUUUACUUGUGGUCUCCAGAGUCUGUAAGAGCAGAAUGGGAGGCAGAGCCUUCAGUUAGUUAUGCUGCUAUAGACCUAGACUGCUGGGGGAAUUCCUGUGGUGCACGCACAUUCACUCUCUCACACUCACACUCACUCUCUCACACUCCCGGUAUGAAUAUGACUUCAUUAUAUGUCAUUAACCGUGUUCUCUCUCUCCCUAGUUCUUUCUUUCCUGUCCCCUCUCUCUCUCUCCAUGUCCCCAUCUUGCAGGCUGCAGGAUCCAGAUCCAGUUUUGAGGCUAUUAUUAUUAUUAGCAUUAGCAGUUGUAACAAUCUCUGCUGCUGCUUGUAGUUGUUUAAACAUGUCAUCACUGACUAACUGUCUUGUAUAAACGUAUAUCUUGAUACAGUUGUUGCUCCUGGACUCUCUCUUCUGUCUCUCCCUCACCUCCCUCUUGUCCUUUCUCUCCCUCACCUCUCCUCUCUCCCCCAUAUUUCCUUUCACCCCAACCGGCUGAGGCAGAUGCUGCACAUCUGUUCAGUCUGGUUCUGUCGGAGAGUUUUUUCUCUCCACUGAUGCCUCGUGUUUGCUCAUUGUGUGAAUCGUUGGGUUACUCUGCUCUCUAUAACACUGUAAAGGUUUUUGCCUUCCUCUGUACUUUAUAAAGAUACUGUUUUGGAAGAUGGCCUUAAAUUGACAUGUGUCAUUGAAAGAGCUUGACUUUUGUGCAAGAAUAAAGUUAAGUUGAUAUUUA